CUUGACCCCUCCCCUUCACAACAACACAACGGGAGUCAGGAAAAGCUUCUUCAUCAACAACACCGGAGUCAACAGGCGGAUCAGAGAGACACCCGAGGACCGAGCAGUUCCCGCCGCAGAGAUGGCCCAGGCGAAUAUCUCGGUGACGGAGAGCCAGUUCAGGUGUCCGGUCUGCCUGGACAUCCUGAAGGACCCGGUGUCCACCCCCUGCGGACACACCUACUGCAUGUCGUGCAUCAACAACUACUGGGACCAGGCGGAAUCGGGCCAGUUCAGCUGCCCCCAGUGCCGGGAGACGUUCAGCCCUCGGCCGGUGCUGCGGAGGAACACGGUGCUCGCCGAGGUCGUCGACAAGCUCAAGCUGAGCGAAAUGAUCACGGCGCCGGAGCUUUACCUGGGGGGACUCGGGGACGUGCCGUGCGACUUCUGCCCCGCGGAGAGCAAGCUGAGGGCGGUUAAGUCGUGCCUGGUUUGCCUGGCGUCCUUCUGCGAGCUCCACGUCCUGCCGCACCGGGAUGUUGGCACGCUGCGGCGGCACAAGCUGGUGGCCGCGGUGGAGUGUCUGGCGGAGCGGCUGUGCGCACAGCACCGCCUGGGUCUGGAGCCCGCGGGGGGCGGCUCGGAGGCGGAGGCCGCGGUCGAGUGGAGCGGGGACUGCCUGCUGUGCGAGGCAGACCAGGAGGAAGUGCACAAUGUGGACGCCCAGAGAGCCAGGAGACAGCUUCAGCUUCGGGAGUGUCUGAGGAUGAUUCAGGGGAGGACACAGAGCGGAGAGAGAGAGUUGGAGGAGUUUCAGCAAAGCUUGGAGUCCCUCAAGGUGUCAGCGUCGGCUGUUUUAGAGGACAGUGAAGCUCUAUUUGCAGACAUGGCACUCCGCCUGGAGAAAACCAAGGCUGAGGUUCGAGCGAGACUGGAGGCGAAGGAGCGAGCGGUGGUUGGGAGGGCCGAGCGGGACAUAGAGAUGCUGGAGAAAGACCUGGAGGAGCUGAGGAGGAGAGAUGAGGAGAUCAGCCGGCUCCUGCAAACUGAGGACAACGCCCACUUCUUACAGGCGGCUCCUCUGCUAUGCAUCCCUCUCACCACCGGUCGGCACUCCAGAGUCUUCAGCCUGCCCACAGAGGCUUUCAGUGGCGCCAGGAGAGCACUGUGUCACCUCCGUAGCCGCAUGGAGGAGGUCUGCAGGGAGGAAGUGGACAAGAUAAGCCGUGCAGUUAAUGAGAACUACGUGUCAGGUGGAGAGUGUGUAAAAGUUUUUCAAAAAUAUAUCAAAUACCAUUCAUAUCCACUGUAUUGGGGAGGUGGCAGAAAUCUCAGUGCGGAGAACUCCAAACCACAACAAAUACAACCAACACUAUCUGCAGGGCAACAUGGGGCAGUGCCGGUGUCGUUCCCCCUGUCCUCUUUGUCUCUGCAGCCGGCCGAUCAGAGGAUGAGGGCAGUUUUCCUCAGGUUUUCAUGUCGUCUAUCCUUGGACCCUGAUACAGCACACCCAACCCUGGUUCUCCUGGAGGGGCCCCAGGGUGCUCACUGUGGCGAGGAGCCCCAAUCCUACCCCCCUCACCCACAGCGCUUUGAUUCAGUGGCCCAGGUCCUGUGCAGGGAGGGCCAGUUUGGAGGAGCCAGCUACUGGGAGGUGGAGUGGAGGGGCGGGGGAUGGGUCGACAUCGGUGUCACCUACCGAGGUAUCGGACGCAAAGGUGGCGGAAAGCCCUGCCUGCUGGGGCGCAACGAGAACUCUUGGCGGCUGAGGUGUACACACGCUGGAUAUGCUGCAUGGCAUGACAACCGCAAGACCACGGUGGCUGCACCGCCCUGCCCCAGAAUCGGUGUGUUCCUGGAGCGCCAGAAAGGAGCGCUGUCCUUCUACAGCGUGUCGGACACAGUGGUGCUCCUGCACACCUUUCGUUGCCCGUUCUCUCAGCCGCUGUACCCAGCCUUCCGCCUGGACCUGGACUCCACGCUGCUCAUCUGUCCCAAUGAGGGAGGCAACGGACACCCAACCUAACCUUGCCCCCCACUCCUCAUCCAGGACCCUACAUUUAAAUACUGCAGGAAAGGGCUGUUGGUUGGUAGAAGUUGCUGGUGUAGGAGCAACAAUAUCAGGAAUCACAGUCAGGAAUCAAACCCUUUUCUUUUUCCAUACAUAUCUUUUUGCAUAGUCUCUCCUCCUGUAAGUGUCUCUCUCUCUCUCUUUUUAAUCAUUUUUCAAAAAAUGUAAAUACCCUUUUGGAUCACUGUCAGCUCAGGCUGAGCUGUAAAGCAUAUAUGCAUUUUUCACAGCAAACAUUAGGGCUUGUCAUUGUAGGAAAAGCACAGGUGUUAGUAAUAACAUUAGCAAUGGCUCUGUUCUGUUCAAGUUCUCCAGUAAGCCAUGACAGUGUGACAGUGAGCCAGCAUGCACAACAUCAGGACACUGAGACUACAUGACAGCUACAUGCAAUAUCCAGCCAUCAUUCAUUUCUUUUAUUUUCACCUGUGCUUUUCUUACUCUGACAUUGUUAAAUCGCUGCAGUGAGAAAGAAUUCAGUGCACAUUUUCUGAGCAAAGAUAUGGAUAGAAACAUGUGAAAACUAUCUGUUCUUUUAUGGUCUGAAAAAAAGUAUUCACCCCGGUUUGUGUUUUUAACAUUGUUUACUUUGUACUAAAAAUUACAAUUUUUUGUACAUUGUUUAAGUAUCAGAGGGUGGCUUUUUUAUUUAACUCCCUACAGUGACAGGCUGAAUAUUUAGUACCUGCGACUACUUGAAUAUCCACAGCAAAAGACUUUUCUUCAUCAACCUCACUGCCAUGGGAAACCUGCAAAAGUGACCUCAGCAUCAGAUUUAGACUAAUUAAAGGCCAUACUGUAGCAAAUGAUUUUCUUUGGUCAUCUCUGACAUGUUAUUGAUGCUGUUUGAGGUCAUUUUCUUUUAUGUGGGUGAGUUUUUGUGAACACUGCAUUGUAAGCCUGUCUUUUAAGUAGAAUACCAUGAAUCAAAGUAAUCGUUUGAUAGUUGGGAAAUAUUCUUCCUAUUUUAUUCUAUAUUGCUUUCUUGCUGAGACUUAGAUGAGAAGAAUGAGACCACUCUCCUGUCUUUACAUUAAAUAGGCUACCACCAGCAGCCACUUAGCUUAGCACAAAGAGUGGAAACAGGGGAACCAGCGCUCAAAGGUCACAAAGUCCAGCUACUGUUUCCAGACUCUGAGCUAAGCUGAGCUAGGCUAAGCCAAGUAGCUGCUGUUGGAAGCUUCAUUUUUACUGUAUAAACAUAAGAGUUGUCGGGGCGCCCAGGUAGCUCACCUGGUAAUUCCCAAAAUGUUGAACUAUUCCUUUAAGGCUACAAUCACAUUGCAGGUCUUCAUUCUCAAUUUGAAAUGACUGUUAAUGUCAGUUUUUUCACAUCAUCAUAUAAUAUUUGUGUCAGUAUAUAAGUAAUAUUCAGUAACAGUUUGCGAUUACAUAUUACAUACAUGCUAAUGUUGAAUGUUAAAGCCACCACAACCUGGCAAUAACAUGGUGACCUAUGGUGAAUUAUUUUAAAUGUACUUACUGUCAUUGCAACACUGGUUAAUUAUGUUUAUCAGAGACGUGCUUUGCAUGCUUUCAAAUCCAAUCUUAUUACUGUCUCAUAUCCACUCAUAUCUAAUCAAGUCCAGUCUUAUUAUUAUUUAAUAUCAUUCAUGGUUAGAAAAAUGUUACUUUAAACUGUUCACAUGAAUAAAAGAAUGUCAGCUGUUUAAGAAGAAACAUGUCAGAACAAGAACUUAAAGAGUCUGCCACUGUUUCCCCUGACCCCCGUCUCCUUCUGGAAACUGUUUGAUUGUAACAUUACUAGGGAUAGGAUUUGGAAUUCAUACUGUAUGACAUUGUCUUCCUAUGCCUCAUUGAAGUUUUGGUUUUGAAUGGUGCUAUUCCAGAGGAGUGUGAUCACUUGACCGAGCACUGUGUGAGGCUUUUAAACCAAACCAUUUUUGAAAUGAAAAUGUCACACAUGGAUAAACUAUUUUAAAUCCAAAGACACAGCAACAUCACACAAGUACAUAGAAUCCGAUUAUUGACUUUCUUUGUGAAACAUUUUUCGAGUGCACGUUCAAAACUAGAAAAAAACAAGAGCUUCAUUAAAAAAAUAUUAACAUAUUGCACAUAUUAUUAACAGAAAGCCUAAAAGGUAUUACAUCUAUGCUACACAAUACCUUGAAGUUACAAUUCCACACAGGCAUUUCUGAUUUUAUCAAUCCAAAGUAAGAAACUAUUUUUUUGCCAUGAAGUGCAUUAUUCCACAAGCUGUAGGGCUGUAACAGGAACUGAACUGUCCAUGCUGGUCUGAAAAUUUUAUCUUGUAGCAUUGUCUCCACCUGUUUACUCACUUUGCUUCAAUUACUGUUCCUUAAUGUGACUGUAAAAUGUUGUGAUUGUCUGAGUGUUGCUUUUUCCCAGGUGAGUUCAUUCCACCUUGGCUCGCAAUAAACUGAUCCAUGGAGGUCCGAA